UUCCGAUGGAUUUGAGAAAGAUGUGAUGUAGACGUUUUAUAUAUACAAAUAAUACAACGAAUGAGAGGGAAAACAUUUGCAGCAGCAGCAUCGCAGAAUAUGCAUAUUCUGCAGUGUAGGUAGAAUAUUCUGGUUUUGCAAUGGACAGCAUCAAAUAAUAUUCUACCUCGUAAUCUUCAUUGCUCCAAGCUUCCAGCCAAAGUAAUGCCUUUCUAAAGACAUUUUAUAUACAAAUCCAUGUAUGCAUGCAUAUCCGCUUUGGCUCUUCACCCGUCAUUGGAACAUUGAGUAGAGAUGAAAUACGGAAAAAAACAUCGAGCGGAGGUAGCAAAAAGCUUGCCUGAGUGGCGAGACUUGUUUAUGUCUUACAAGGCAUUAAAGAGGGAAGUGAAACUGAUAAACCCCAUUCGUUUUAAUUCAAAUGGAAAGAAAAGGUCAAGAUCAUGGCCAACUGAAGACAUGGGGUUUGCCCUGUUACUCGCCAGGGAACUGGAUAAGAUCAAUACCUUUUACAUCGACAAAGAGGAAGAUUACAUAAUCGGAUUCAAGGAGCUGGAAAUCAGGGCUGAAAACGUGAACGGUAAUGAAGAAAUGUUGGAAUUGCAGAAAGAAAUUUUGGGUUUUCAUUCAGAGAUGGUGAUGCUGCUACAUUACAGUGUCAUUAACUUUGCAGGGUUGAUGAAGAUCGUGAAGAAGCACAAGAAGCGGACGGGUGCCUAUACUUCAGUUUACUCAUUCUACAUGCCAAGAGUUCUUCAACAGCCAUUCUUCUCUACCGAUUUGCUUUACAAUCUUAUCAAAGGAUGUGAAGAAAUACUUGACCGUCUCUCUCCCCCCAAUCAUCCCUAACGGCCAAUCUCUUUCAACACAAGCAAGAAAAAUUCCAUAUGAUAGAUUAUAGAUUUCAUUUGAAGAGCAUGAACCAACUGUUAUGAUGUAAUACUAUCCAAUGUAAAUAGGACAUGGGAAACAACAGCACAGAUUGAAAUGCUAUGGAUGCUAUUAAACGAACAAAGACAAGGGAAAUGCCCAAUGUAAUAUUGGUUCA